GGGCUGGGCAUAGGCUUUAACAUGGAGAAACACGGUUAUGGGUGGUUUUUGGACAAAAUUGACUGGGUCAAUCUUGUUAUUCGUCCUGAGUUUUCCGGGUCGUUUGGUGUGCAAAAUGUGAGCUUGUUAACUGCUUUUAAACGCCACUAUCGGUCCCUUCGCACCAGUUUUGACGAUUAUGUGUUUAUUACGUCGCUAAGUGCCCAGUUAACAAAGUGGAAACAUUUCCAUGAUCACAUUAUCUUUAUUGGUCAGGUCCUCCGUGCAGUUUGCAUUCGGGCCUUUCACAGAGAUGUACUCCAGGUGCUAGAACCACAUUUUAUUCGCCAAAAUCACAGAUCCGCUUUUGAAGGAAAGAUUGGCCUUUCCCUUGACUCU